UGGCUGGUGUGUGGGUGUCAAACGGAGCUGGACGCGGCGGCGGCUCCGCGGGUUCUGGUCGCCCCCACGUCUCCGGCGCCGCCGGCGUCCGCGGACGUGCACGCAGGCCGGCCGGGAGGAACGGAGUGCUGGAGAUAAAGCCUUGGGCUUCCCGCAUACGUGUCAAGUGUUCUACCACAGAGCUACAUCCUCAACUCUUCUCCCUGUUUUAAGGUCAGCUGCCUUAGAAACCUUAAUUCCAUCUGCUACCUGAAUUCCCCUUUGUCACCCAACUGGGAUUAGGAUGUGGACAUUUUGGGGAGGCCAUUGUUCCGUCGGUCACAGUUGCUAGCAGGAGAAUCAGGAGAUCUCGCAUUGCGCUCCAGACUUUCAGCUCCGUUGACGAAUCAGAAGGCUUGGCAGCCAGGGACCGGGCUGUUGCCUGGCAGCCGCGGGCCUGCCCCAUCUCUGCCAGCAAGUCUCUGAAUAAGCCAGAAAUCUCUGAAUGUUGCUGUGAAUGAAAGGCCCAAUUAACUCAGAUGUGUAGGUCACUGUGGAAGAUUUUGAUCCCUGCUGCCCUGAGAGGCUUUAGAAGAUUCUGAGCGCUGGUCAGAUCAGUGAAGAGGUCAUGGCUUCCAGCUCCUCGGAUUUGAGCCUCCAGAGGAGGAAAUGACCGUCAGGGCACUUGCUCCGGAUCUGUUUCAAAGACUAAACUUUGCGGGGCUCAGACUUGCCCAGGACAGAAAAGUGUCUUUUUCUGAAGGGCUUUACACUGAUCUGUAACUAAGAGAGGAAAAAUGACGACUUCAUCCAUUAGACGGCAGAUGAAAAACAUUGUGAACAAUUACUCAGAAGCAGAAAUCAAAGUCCGGGAAGCCACCUCCAAUGACCCCUGGGGCCCCUCCAGCAGUCUGAUGACUGAGAUCGCAGACCUUACCUACAACGUGGUAGCCUUUUCCGAGAUCAUGAGCAUGGUAUGGAAGCGGCUCAACGACCACGGCAAGAACUGGCGGCACGUGUACAAGGCACUGACGCUGCUGGACUACCUCAUCAAGACCGGCUCCGAGCGGGUGGCCCAGCAGUGCCGCGAGAACAUCUUCGCCAUCCAGACCCUGAAGGACUUCCAGUACAUCGACCGUGACGGCAAGGACCAGGGCAUCAACGUGCGUGAGAAGUCAAAGCAGCUGGUGGCCCUACUCAAGGACGAGGAGCGGCUGAAGGCUGAGCGGGCCCAGGCUCUCAAAACCAAGGAGCGCAUGGCCCAGGUGGCCACAGGCAUGGGCAGCAACCAGAUCACCUUUGGCCGAGGCUCCAGCCAGCCCAACCUUUCCACCAGCUACUCGGAGCAGGAGUACGGCAAGGCUGGGGGGUCGCCCGCCUCCUACCAUGGCUCACCCGAGACCUCGCUGUGCCCUCAGCACCGCACAGGGGCCCCGCUGGGUCCGAGCGAGGAGCUUCCGCCACUGAACCAGCGCCACCCUUUCCUGCCGCACCUGGGGCUGGCCUCCCGCCCAAAUGGUGACUGGUCCCAGCCUUGCCUCACUUGUGACCGCGCAGCCCGAGCCACCUCCCCGCGGGUGUCCUCUGAGCUGGAGCAGGCCCGGCCCCAGACGAGUGGAGAAGAGGAGCUGCAGCUACAGCUGGCACUGGCCAUGAGCAGAGAAGUCGCCGAGCAGGAAGAACGGCUCAGGCGGGGGGAUGACCUCAGGUUACAGAUGGCCCUUGAAGAAAGCAGAAGAGACACAGUGAAAGUUCCAAAAAAGAGAGAGCACUGCUCGCACCCACCGCAGACUACUCUGUUGGAUUUAAUGGACGCCCUCCCCAGCUCGGGCCCUGCUGCCCCCAAAGCAGAGCCGUGGGGCCCGUCAGUCUCCGCCAACCAGAGCAACCCCUGGGGCGGGCCAGUGGCCCCAGCCAGCGCUGCAGACUCCUGGUCGUCAUUCGGUGCCAAGCCAGCCGCCUCUGUGGACCCGUGGGGAGUGGGUACCGGAGCGGGAACACACUCCGUCGCCAAGAGCUCAGACCCCUGGGCAGCCACACAGCCCCCUGCACCCAGUGCUGGGAAAGACUCUGAUGCCUGGGCGGCCGCCUCUGCCUCCAAGCCUGUGUCUGCCUCUGCCUCUGGGGCCUUUGAUCUCUUCAGUAAUUUGAAUGGUACAGUUAAAGAUGACUUUUCUGAAUUUGACAACCUUCGAACUUCAAAGAAAACAGCCGAGAAGGUGGCCUCCCCGCCACCCCAGGACAACGGAGCCACCAGCCCUGACCCCUUUGACUCUCAGCCUCCAAGCAGCGCCUCCAGCAAGCCCAGCAGCGCCCGGAAGACACCGGAGUCCUUCCUGGGCCCCAAUGCCGCCUUGGUGAACUUGGACUCCUUGGUGACCAAGCCGGCCCCGCCGGCCCCGUCCCUCAACCCCUUCCUGGCACCAGGUGCAGCUGCGACUCCUGCCCCUGUCAAUCCCUUCCAGGUCAACCAGCCCCAGCCGCUGACCCUGAACCAGCUGCGGGGGAGUCCUGUUCUCGGGACCAGCAUGGCCUUCGGGCCAGGCCCAGCCGUGGAGCCCCUGGCUGGGCCCUCGGCAGCCUCACACGCAGCUCUGGGCGCCAGUGGUUCGACUCUGACGAUGAACAUGGUGGGCGGCGUGGGAAUGCCCCCAGCGGCAGCCCCGGCUGCCGGCACCACCAACCCGUUCCUCCUCUAGUGCCUGGGCCUGGGACUGAGCA